AUGGCAAAACGGACGAGACUAAAUUCAGAGACACGGGAGCUUCGGGCAUGUGUAGAGUGCCGGGUAAGAGUGACCCUACUGACAUGCUUCAAGAGACGAAAGAGCAAGUGUACUACCAAGUGUUCUGGAACCGCCCCAUGCUCUUACUGCUCGAGGACUAGAAAACGAUGUCUCUUCGAGAGUGUACCAUCUCGGACACCGUUGACUCGCAAGAACCUUGAAGAGAAGGAGCAGCUCUGUGAGAAGUUGAUGACCCUUGUCCAGACUUUGGAUCCCAACAUCGACAUCGAAGAAGCAUUAAAAUCACUGGCAGGGGCCGGGCAGGCGCAUGAUGAUAAUGAAACAAACCACAACAGCUUGCUAGGUGUAAGCCCUGGUGUGAAAAGUUCCACCCCAUUAGAGAACUUUGAAUGGAACGAGGGUCCAAUGACCUCGUCUCAUCCGCCAAACAAGUCUCUCGAUGGAAUGGCAUCACUGCCAACCGAAGGGUCAGGAUCCGGUUACUUAGGAAACUCAUCUGGGUCAUGUAUACUGGAAACCAUCUCAGAUUUACUACCCGAGCAUCCUGCUCCUUUGGUUACUCGAAGAGGGCAACACCCUGCAAACUCGACCAAAUUAGCGAGUCCGCACAUUCUGAGGAAACUUGAUAACUCUAUCCUCACGGACUCUCUAUUUGAAGCCUAUUUCGGGUGGUAUAACAAAUCAUUUCCAAUUCUACAUGAAAAGACGUUCAGCGAGAAGUACCAGAACCGCCAUCAUACUCCACCUCACUCCACAUGGCACUUGAUCUUCUAUAUCGUUCUGGCAAUCGGUGACUGGGUGAUAUCCGGUGGCUCCAAAGUAGAGGAGUCCAGAUAUUACAUGGCUGCACGAUCGCGUAUGUCAAUAAGUCUGCUGGAGUCGGGUGCACUUCUCACAGUCCAAGCGUUCCUCUUGAUGGGGAAUUUUCUCCAAAAACGGGAUCGACCAAAUACCGGAUACAACUUCAUUGGAAUAGCAUAUCGAAUGGCUCUUGGACUGGGCCUCCAUCGUGAACCAACGAGGGAAUCGACGCACGACACCUUGAGUAGCGAAAGAAGAAGAGUAGUGUGGUGGAUUGUUUACUCAUUUGACAGCGGAUUCAGUCUGACUACAGGAAGGCCCCUGAUGUCGUCGGACUGUUUCAUCGAAACCCAACUCCCUCGCAAUAUCGAAGACUCGACUUACCCAUUAGAUUCCAUAGUCCCACUCCCUAUCGACAAACCAACUACAUACUCCGCGAUAAUAGCACAGGCUCGAUUAUCACGCAUCGGAAACACCGUAUUCUGUAACGUGAUAGCAGGUCCAAAGAAGGACUUAGAUAUGAAGACCCCACGAUCACUCGAUCAUCAGCUCAAGGCCUGGAGACUCUCACUGCCGCUUUACUUUACGGCCCAUGAUGUCCCAACAUGGUUCCGCGGACCUCGAGCAAUAGUCAGCUGGAAGGAACAAAACCUGCGAAUGAUGCUAUGGUGGGGAACUCAGCGUAUAUGCAGUUCUCCGUCAGACAGCGAAGAAGCCCGAAACAUGUGCCACUAUGCCGCCGCAUCCGUCGUUCUCAGCAUCUAUCAUCUCCGACCAAAGGAGCCGUUGGAUAGAAGCUUGGCGGCGGCAAAUCACGAGCUCUGGAUAUCUUCCAUAGAGAGAUCGCGUGACUGCCUAGCUAAUUUGAGCCAGAAGAAUCAAGCUGCAGCGCGGUGCUUGGAAGUGCUUGACCGGAUUAUGUAUCAGUCACAAGCUAGCCCUACUGCAGUGGGGGAGCCUUCCUCGACAAGUGUCCCGGGCACGGCACAAUUACCAAUGGAGUAUAAUAGCACUGGCACGCGUCUCGACACACUUGCUGUUGACCCUUCCCUUCAGAUGCUCUUUGAUGCGACGUCAUUUGAUAUGGAUAUCUUUGAAGGACUCGAGGGGUUUCCGAAUACGAACGAAGUUGAAUCGUUUGAUUAUGUUUCAGGAGCUGCACUGGUCGCUGACAAUGCAGAGGAUUGGCAAAUGUGA